AUGCCAAACGGUCGUAAUAUUGCGAUAAUGCUUAGUAUAAGUGAUGAUACUUCGGGAUCCAUGAUCAAUAUUGAAAUAGAACAUGAAAAUGAAAAGAGAAAAGAUAAGAUAUCCGUUAUCUUAGAAUAUGCUAGUAAUACUAAAAGGGAUACAAAUUACGUUCAGAGUAUUUUUUAAACCACGCUGGUAAUCUUUUUUUUAAUUGUAGUGGAAAAAAUUAGUGAUUCUACAUUAAAUAGAGAAAACCCAAUAGAAAAUAAAAAUCUAAUCAUAUCCGAAAAUACGAAUAGAAGAAGACAAAAAGUAGAAAAUAAAUCAUUUGGAGAAAAAUGUAUGAAAUUGAAAGGUGAUUUAAUUGUUGUCAAAAUAUUAUAUUAUACUAUUCUAGUUCGGAACACAAAAAAUAAUUUUAAAAAACCAAAAUUACCAGAAUCUAAAACAAUUUUAGAGAAAAAAAAUUAUUAGAUCUUCGAUAAAUAUAUAUACGAAUAGGAUAAAAUUUGAUACCUAUAUAAUAAUGAUGGUCUCGAUUCGUUUUGGUUUUUGUGUCCGAGCUUUAAUAAUUUCGCCAUAUUUUACUAUGUUUUUCCAAUAUGAUUCAUAACUUUCAUAUUUAUUUAUUUCACAAGUCAAUGUGUUUAAACGAUAUUGGCAAAUCUAA